AUGUUUCAGAACAAUCUGACCAGCCCCCUCAAGCGUCACCGCGGCCCCAGUGAGGACCGUGACGAGGGAAGUCCACACGCGCAGCAGCUGCUGCACCAUCACAUCCCCCAUGAUGGGCAGGGCAGCAGCGCUGAGGGCAGCGCCACUACCACUACCGUGAUGAUGCAGACGCUCUAUGUUGAUUCCACUCCCACCAACGCCGUAGUGACAGAGCGCAGCUCCCACUACGUGACCCCGGUGUCGCAGGGUGGCGACAAGGUUGACGAAGAUGUGCAGGCUCGCCGGCUGUACGGCCCUGCUGAUGACACAAUACAACUCGCCUCAACGCACUCCGCAGAGUUCACGCAAAGCUCCUCCUACACAAGUCGAUCACGUGCGAGCAGCCACAGCAAUCGGCCCACCCCGCCUCCGCCGCUGCGACAUACGGCGCCAUCGUCGUCGUCAUCGGCCUCGUCCUCCUACAGCGACGAGGACGUGGAGGACGAUACCAACGAGAAGGACCCACGCAACCACGCUGAGGAUGUAACGAAGAAGUACCCGAUGUUCACGGAGGCCUACGCGGAGAAGUUCCGCCGCGAUGCGACGCCGUUCAUGCGCGUGGUGGAAGUCUCCUCGACAGUGCCACCGACCUCCUCGCAGAGAGGCAGCGUCAGUGGCCCCCCGUACUGCGAAAAGCAUUUUGUGCUCUACGACACCUACCUGUACGAGCGCACCCUCGGCAAAGGGACCUUCUCGAAGGUGGUGCUCGGUACCGCGCCACCGUCCUCGCCGGCGCUGGCUACUCAAAUCUCUGGCGAUGUCCCGGCACGGGUGGCGCUGAAGGUGUUUCGGGACAAGGAGGAGUACAUCGAGGCGUGCUGGGACGAGUUCACCAUUCUCAACUCCAUCUGCGUCGACCCGCCCUCGGUCACGCCGGAGGAAGCCGCUGCUGGCCACUGCCACGACGCGACGGCCCCAUCGCCGUACAUCUCCGUUCGCUCCGUUGUCAUGUUCACCGCCUCCACUUGUGGCAUCAAGCAGCAGUACUUUGCCGAUCAGGGUCGCUUCCUCGUGCCCAUGGGGUACGUUGCGCACCCGGUUCACCCGGCCAUUGUCUUUCCUGUGAUGGGGCCGACGCUGCUAAACGUGCUGAACACCAUCCGGCAGAAGAGCAAGGAGGUGACGCGCGCGUCCCGGCGCAAGCGGCUGCGUACGGAGGCGCAGCCGAGAAAAAGUACCGGCAGUGGUGGCGCCUUCACCACGAGGCCACCACAGCUUGCUACCGCAGCUACCAUAGACAUGGCCACCAGCGCAGACGUACAGCAACCACUGCCGCCACUCCCACAGCAGCAACCGCAGCAGCAGCGACGGCGCGUGUACUACCGCGGCCUCCCUCUCCCGCUCCUCAAGGCGGUACUGUAUCAGGUGCUGACCUUCCUGCAGUUCAUCCACUGCCGCGGAGUCGUGCACACGGACCUGAAGCCGGAAAAUGUUCUCUUUGAGUCCUCCAACGUGCUCUCCGUCGACCUCGACAUCUACUACAGUCACUAUGUCCGUCGCGGCGGCUACGGUGCUGCCAACAGAGUGCCUUUCGUCACCGAGACCAAGAAGCGGUCAAACGACGACUGCAAGCUCCACAGCUCUUCGCUCGAGCAGCGGGCACACCGACAUGAGCAGAUGACCUUCAGCCCCUCCUCACCUCCACCGUCGUCAAACCGCAGCACAUUCGCCGCCACCGGCGCAGCUGCGGAGGGUGAGGGGCUCAAAGCUUCGCCGCUGGAAGGGACGCGUGUCAUGAGCGCGGGGGCGACACCCAUGUCGUCAACGGACCUCGGCACCGUGCCCGCCGACGCCACCCCAGCCCAAAAGGGCGAUUUAACACUGGCGCACUAUGUGAGGGUGCCGAUGCCGGUGAUGAACAGCGUGCGUGUUGUCGACCUCGGUGCAGCACAGUUUCUCUCCACCUUCCGCGAUCACAGCCUCAUCCCAGGCUACGGGCACAUCCCUGUCAGUUACAACCCAAUCCAGACCUCUCACUAUCGCAGCCCUGAGGUACUGCUGGGCUUUGGCUGGAACACCUCAGCGGAUAUCUUCUCCUUGGGAUGUAUGAUUCCAGAACUGCUCACAGGCGAGUGUCUGUUCAUGCCGAACCACACGAUGGAGCACCUGGCCAUGAUGCAGCACGUCAUCGGUAGCUUCCACGACAAGGAGGGCAUCCGCGGUGGGACGGCGACAAACCUGCGCAGCGUCUUUGCAUGCGACAUGCGCACCUUUCGCCACUACUUCACCCUCCAGCCGAACAACCGCGACUUCGACCUCAAGUGGCCUGUGUCGAAGAGUAUGGUGAAUGAGCAGGCAAAAAACCAGCGCUUUGCACCGGCGGCGAGCGGAAAGACAGAGGAAGAUGACCUGGAGCCUCUCGAAGAGACACUGCCGGGGGACAUCGACUAUGUGACUCAGAAACCAACCCUGGACGAGAUCCUAGCCCCGCUGCCAGACUUGCUGGACCUGACGCGGCGCAUGCUUCAGUACCACCCCUUCAAGCGCAUUACAGCAGGGGAAGCCAUGCAGCAUCCCUUCUUCCGGAAUAUGUAG